UACGCUAUGAUUGGCUGAGGGUACCCGAGCAGCGGCUGACGCGCACCCCGGUUUCUCCUAUUGUUGUAUUGAAGCAGAAACAAGUUUUAGAGAGGGAAGCUUAGAAAAGAGUUUAAGACAGAAGAAGUUGAGAGUGAAGGAAGAUAAAGUUAAAUAUACAGUAAAAUUGCGGGGCAGGCAAUAAAAAAGAGGGAAAAAUAACAAGGUUUAUAGUAUGAGAAGUCUAUUAAAAAGAAUAGUAAAUUAUAAAAUCGAGUUGAAUAAAAUAGGAUAGGGGGAUGUAGAGAAAUAAGGCGAUAAGGAUAACGAAAUAAGGAGGGAGGUGAAAGAGUACGUUAAGGGGGGCUGAAGGGUGGGAAUAGCGCAGAACGGAAAGGGAAGAAGAAUCCUCAGAGUUGUGCACUGAUUUAGUAAGGGACAGAAAGAAAGGUAAGAUAGUUGUGCAACGCGAUAGGAGAAUGAAGAAUAUGUCAGGCAGGGAAAGUAAUGUAGUGAAACUGUAGUGAAGAAGACAGAAGGGGCCGAAAACACAUCUAGGGAGAAGAUCUGCACAAAGGAGGAAGCAGGAGAAAGAUUGAAGAGAGGACAUAAAGGUAUAAAUAUUACAGGGAAUAUAUAAAGAGUCAGCUCAGAUACAGGCCUGGCACGGUGAGGAUGCUUUGGGUCCUAAUAACGUGGAGCUGAGGAGAGGAGCUGAACUAACAGUGAUCCCCACCAUGUCCCUGACUCCCCCCAACAGCAAUGAUGCCUGUCUGAGCAUUGUGCACAGUCUGAUGUGCCACCGGCAAGGGGGUGAGAACGAGGGCUUUGCUAAGAGGGCCAUUGAGAGUCUUGUCAAGAAGUUGAAGGAAAAAAAAGAUGAGCUUGAUUCCCUCAUCACAGCCAUUACCACAAAUGGUGUUCACCCCAGCAAGUGUGUAACCAUCCAGCGGACUUUAGAUGGAAGGCUGCAGGUGGCAGGCAGGAAGGGGUUCCCUCAUGUUAUUUACGCCCGGCUCUGGCGCUGGCCUGAUUUGCACAAGAAUGAGCUUAAACAUGUGAAAUUUUGCCAAUUUGCCUUUGAUCUGAAGUAUGACAGUGUCUGUGUGAACCCGUAUCAUUAUGAGAGGGUGGUUUCUCCUGGAAUUGGACUGAGCAUCCCAAGUUCAACUACUCCAUGCCGGCAAGUUAAAGAGGAGUAUGGGGUUGACUGUGAGAUGGACAUGCCAACAUGUCUCACCGGAACCUCCCAGGACCUUCCACCAUCCAUAAAACACACAUCCCUCCCACAGAUGCCACCCUCUGAGUCCUACAGACAGCCACUGCCAUCACUGUCUAUGCCAAAGAGCCCUCAGCCAGCUGUCAGUAUGUUCCCCAACAUGCCUCUGUCCCCUUCUGUAGCUUCUAGUUGCCCUCUUCCCCCCCUUACUCACGGAGAAGGACUGCUGCAGAUCGCUCCCACACACCAGCAAAUAGUGUCGACUUCACCGCCCUCCACGCCAGGCCUAAACACACAGCAGAAUGGAUACCCAUCUCCCCCCAAACAGCCCUUCCAUCCCACAUGGACUGGAAACAACACAGCGGCGUAUACCCCAAAUCCUGCUGUGCAGCCACCGAGCGGAAGAGGGAGUCAGCAGCCUCCUCUGCACCACCAAAACAACUACUCUUUGUGGGCUUCCCAGAGAACAUGUGGAGAGACCGUGGAGAACGAGUGGAGAAAAUAUUCACGGCCUCUCCACCAGAGUUCUCCACAGUAUCCACAUCCUGUGUCCAACCACCCAGGCCCUGAGUUCUGGUGUUCUGUUGCAUAUUUUGAGAUGGAUGUUCAGGUAGGAGAGAUUUUUAAAGUUCCUGCCAAUUGUCCAGUGGUCACAGUAGACGGGUAUGUGGAUCCCUCUGGAGGUGACCGGUUCUGUCUAGGGCAGCUGUCCAACGUGCAUCGAACUGACACCAGUGAGCGGGCAAGACUGCACAUUGGCAAGGGGGUGCAACUGGAGUGUCGUGGUGAAGGGGACGUUUGGAUGAGGUGUCUCAGUGAUCAUGCAGUAUUUGUGCAGAGCUAUUACCUGGAUAGAGAGGCAGGGAGAGCACCUGGAGAUGCAGUGCAUAAAAUCUAUCCUGGAGCCUACAUCAAGGUGUUUGACUUAAGGCAGUGUCACAGACAAAUGCAACAGCAAGCGGCUACCGCUACAGCGGCUGCUGCAGCACAAGCAGCAGCUGUGGCUGGGACAAUCCCUGGUCCAGGAUCAGUUGGAGGCAUAGCUCCUGCUGUCAGUCUGUCAGCUGCUGCAGGUAUUGGAGUUGAUGAUCUUCGCCGUCUCUGCAUCCUGCGUCUUAGCUUUGUUAAAGGUUGGGGACCAGAUUAUCCACGGCAAAGCAUCAAGCAAACACCAUGCUGGAUUGAGGUGCAUCUCCAUCGUGCGCUACAACUACUGGAUGAAGUCCUGCACACAUUGCCAAUGGCAGAUCCUAAUUCUAUUAAUUAGAACUGCUCAGCAAAUGGGAUAGUUUUGGGAUAUGAGCCAAUCAUAGCAGCAUUGGGAGAGGAUUUUGCCAGCAGGCGUGGAUUUGAGAUUACAGCCAAUCACACUCAGUAUGAUGAUCUUGCACCAUCUUUUAUGAGUAUUCAUUUGUGAAAACAAUAGAUGAAACCCAUCCCAUGUGUCGUGCUGUACAUAAACUCCAACCUCUAUGAGCCCAGAUAAUAACAUGAACCAUUAAUUUAGCCACAUCCACACAAUACUCCAGCCAGGCCCGGUGUCUUAGCUGAAGAAGGCAUACAAAAUAUAUGUCCCUGAUAAAUGGGGAGUAAAUCAGUGCAGCUCCCAGAAUGAACAGUGCAGGGACAGUCAGCCCUAUAUUUUCAAGAGUUCCCCACCCAAGGAGGUACAUACAGAGCUUCCUAGUGCAUUGGUACGGCUACAGAAUUAAUUUAAGGUUCGUUGUUUACCCCAUAAGUGCCCAAACUCCUUAAAGUUGCUUAAUCGAUAUGGAAGUUUCUAGUCACUUCUAAGCACUUAACUUCUUUACAGCCGUGGGUUUUGUGACACAUUUCCCAUUUGCACUAAAAGGGUUUUAGGAUUUUUUUCCCUUCUACCUUUAAAUUACAUUGUUUUAUGUGCAGUUAAAAGUAAAAAUUUGUGGCUACCUCAGUUGCAGGCUUCUCGUUAGUCUCAAUUCAUGCACGUGCUUUCUGUUCUUUCUCUGACCUCUUCCUGGUGCCCUGCCUAUUGCCUUUUAUGCUUUUCUACCUCACGUCUUUGUUUCUUCUUUUCUACCUCACUUCUUAAUGUUCUCUCCCUCUCUAUUUCACUACCACACUUCCUCAUCAUAAACUGCUUCUGAAAAUAAAAAACCCGCAGCAAGCAUACCAAACCAAUAAAUGGUAUAUUGCUUUUUUAAAAAGUUUUGAAUUACUUCUUUUAAGAAUAUAAGGGUAACAUCUUUUUUUUAUGAGGCCAAAACACAAAUAACUACCAAAAUGGUGCACAUAGCAUUGAGCUUGUGUAUCUAAGAAGAAAAUGAGUGCACAGUUGUUGUUUUUUUAUUAAAUGUUAAAAAGAUACAUGAUUUCCAUCUACAAUCUGUCAGUUAUCUCCUGACGUAUUAUGAAUAAAAUAUUUAUGAAAUGUUA